AAGUAGCUACAAUUGUUAACGACCAACGACCAAGUCAUCGUUUCCACACAUUCCACCCUUUUUUUCAUCGCCGUGUAAAUGGAAACGCAUAUGCAUGUUCUCUUUAUAUUCUUGCUUCCAUUUUUCCUUUCAACAAGUGUCACCACCACAGCACCUACGUAGAAGCUUAGUACGAAGCUUGCACUUUCGGGAACAUAUAUAAGUAUUAUUAUCACACUUUUCUUUAUAUUUUCAAUUUUCACCGCAUGAGAAACAGCUAGAAACAAUGGAAGAGGUAAUUAACUCCAUUCGACGCGCUUCUGAAUUGGUUCAAAAGCUUGAACAAGACCUACCCAACUUGGCGAACCAACCAGGGACGCUGUCCCUGUCCAUUGAUCAGAUAACUGAGGCUUUCACAGCUGCCAAGGAAAAGCUGUUGCUGAUUUCCCGACACACCCAAACCUCGGAAUCUCCUCCAAUGUUGCUUCAUGAAACGACACCCCAGCAGCCUCAGAUGGAUGCUACUCUAAUGCAGGAGUGGUUAAGGUCUAGUCAUGCACUAACCAUUGAUCAGUUGUUUCAAAUGCAACGUGCUGCUGCAAUGGGAGGGAGAGAGGUCGAAGAUUCAGAGAGAACCAUUGGAUCUGAAGGAGAUCAAGCCCAAGGAAUCCACGCAUCUUCUUCACGACCACGAAGAAGAAGCAGGGAAGCAAAUCAAGAGAAGAAGAAAAUUCUGGUUCCUGCCCCACAGUUUGGGAACACAGAGAUGCCACCGGAGGAUGGUUUCACUUGGAGGAAAUAUGGGCAGAAAGAAAUACUUGGAUCCAAAUACCCGAGGAGUUACUACAGAUGCACACAUCAGAAGUUAUAUGAAUGCCAAGCCAAGAAGAUGGUGCAAAGACUUGAUCAUAAUGCUGACAUAUUUGAGGUAACAUACAGAGGGAAACACACAUGCCACAUGUCCUCCACAGCACCAUCGUCGGUUCCUCCAGAACAUAUUUUGGUGGACAUGACACAAAAUAGUAACGCCAUUUCCUCUCAGUUGUCUCCGUCAGUGAAUCUCAGCCUCCAUCCCGCUAGUGCCGGCGCCGCCACCACUAGUGGCAGGGGCGGUGCCUCCGCCUCAAGAUACGGUGGUGAUUAUCCCGUGGUGGAUAUGGCUGAUGCUAUGUUCAACUCUGGUAGCAGCAGCGGCAACAACAGCAUGGAAUUUCUCUUCUCUCCCACCGAAGAUAAAACUGAUGCAAAUUGAAAACAGGAAGAGGUGAACAUUACUUUGGCUUCUGAAAAAAGCCUAAUAUUACAUUAUAGGAAGGAAGCAGAUUUAUAUAAUCUUACUUAUUAUUUUAUAAUUUGGCUAAUCCAAUUAUAUAAUCAGUGAAUAAUGAAUCAAUUCUAUAACUUCAGUGGUGAG